UUUGCCAUCAACUUUUCCAUCCUCCAUUCCCUUCAACAUAAAAUCACCACGACAAAAAAAAACAUGGAGACACCUCAGAUACCUCAAGACGCGCUACAGCUUAGCGCGCUCGCUGCACAAAAUGCCACAGUAUCAAGAACGCUCUUUGCGCACGCCCACGCCCCCGAGCCACCGUCCGCGAAGCGACAAAAGACCGACGACGCGUCCGAGGACCCCAUCACGAAGAGACGCUUCCACGCCGAGUACGCCCACGUCGAGACGCUCCCGCCAUCAAUUACCGCCAAGCUUCCUACAAAGCAGCCAGGGAAGAAGGUCGCCAAGCCCGGCGCGCCAGCAAGGCCAGCCAUGAAGCUUCUUGAAGGUGCGCCUGGCUCCAAGGGUGGUGCAUCGUCGGCAGCUAGGGCGGAGAGCACGCCGCAGAAUAUGAGCCUCACGACGAGGGGAGCGACAGCCUUCCAGCAGCCCAAGCCCGAAUGGCACGCGCCGUGGAAGUUGAUGAGGGUCAUUUCUGGCCAUCUGGGUUGGGUGCGCAGCUUGGCCGUCGAGCCUAACAACAAGUGGUUCGCUAGCGGCGCUGGUGACCGAACCAUCAAGAUCUGGGACUUGGCUACGGGCUCUCUGAGGUUGACACUCACUGGUCACAUCAGCACCGUUCGCGGUCUUGCCGUGUCUCCGCGCCACCCAUACCUCUUCUCUUGCGGCGAGGACAAGAUGGUCAAGUGCUGGGAUCUCGAGACAAACAAGGUCAUUCGUCACUACCACGGCCACCUCAGCGGCGUCUACACCCUCGCUCUGCACCCGACGCUCGACGUGCUCGUAACGGGUGGCCGCGACGGUGUCGCCCGUGUUUGGGAUAUGCGCACCCGGAGCAACAUCCACGUCCUCUCAGGCCACACCCAGACCGUCGCCGACCUCGUCUGCCAGGAGGCUGACCCCCAGGUCAUCACCGGCUCCCUCGACUCGACCGUUCGCCUCUGGGAUCUCGCUGCCGGAAAGACAAUGGGUGUGCUCACCCACCACAAGAAGGGCGUCCGCGCCCUGGCCACGCACCCUUCAGAGUUUACCUUUGCCAGUGGAAGCACGGGGAGCAUCAAGCAGUGGAAGUGCCCCGAGGGUGCGUUCAUGCAGAAUUUCGAGGGUCAUAAUGCCAUCAUCAACACCAUGAGCGUCAAUGAGCAGAAUGUCUUUUUCACAGGAGGUGACAAUGGCUCAAUGAGCUUCUGGGACUGGAAGACUGGCCACAGAUUCCAGUCACUCGACACAACUGCCCAACCUGGCUCUCUCGACGCCGAGGCGGGUAUCAUGAGUUCGACAUUUGACAGGUCAGGACUACGUCUGAUCUGUGGUGAGGCCGAUAAAACGAUCAAAAUAUGGAAGCAGGAUGAGACUGCGACAGAGGAGACACAUCCCCUAGACUGGAAGCCAAGCUUGGCCCGAAGGAAGUAUUAA